AUGGCAUACAUUCCUCCUCACAAAAGGCACUCUAAGGAUGAUAAUAAUAUCCCCCUCCCAACUCAGUUCCAAAAGAAGGUGGGGUCAUCAUCAUCGUCUACAUCUAAAUCAACAACUAAACGUACCAAAGAUCGUGCUGCAAAGCUUAUGGGUAGACAUAUCAUUUACCUCCAUUGUUCUAUUUCUAAGUGGUUUAUAGAAGCUGAUGACGAUCAGAUCUCUGCAGAUUCAAUUCGGUUGGAGCCUUUUGUUGGAUACAAGUCCGUUGAGUGGGAACGCGGUGGAAAACCAUUUAUUCUGGUUUGCGAUUCCCUCACAGACAGCGGCAGUGGUUUUCCAAAGAAUAAUACUCCAUGGGUUUCCAUUACUGACAACAUACGGUCAGAUCUACUAGCUUCUUUUGAGAAUAUGAGAACUACAAUAGAUUUGGGAGAGGCAGGAGUAGCGAUGAAGACAACUUUUGUAGCUAGAUUUGGUACAGUUCUCUUUCAUAAGCCUUCAGUCAACAUAAGCAGCAGCAGCAGCAAGUCGGAGGCUGCAACUACUUUAGCUCGCGUCAGAAAACAGUUCUGUACAAAGGUUACUGAUUCAUAUAUCGAAACCAUUUUCGGUGGAGUUUUUCCGAUGAUUGUAGCUGAUCCGUACCAACCGAAGGAGUACUACCGUGUGCAAGUUUCUGACAAGGUGGAACCAGAAUCAGCUACAAAGAGGGACUUGACGGCCGCACUUAAAGACGAAGAACUAAAAGGCUUAAAACAGUUGGUUGAUUCUGCAAUCUUGGAUGGCAACGUAAAAGGUGGCUUGAGAUGGCCUAUGGGGAAGGAGCACUCUUUUGAUGGUAGAUACUCGGUUGUAGGGGCUUGGCAUAGCAUUGUUAAGACUUUCAAGAAUGCAUCCUUGAAGCUAAAGUUUAUAAAUGCAGACAGGUUUGAUUUCUGCACUUCUGAUGGAGAAAUUGGAAAGGAACUAACUCCAGAUAUGAAAGGAGUAAAUGAUAUGUUAAUGGACAGGCUGGUCGACAUGGAACCUGCCAUUGGAAGCCUUGAGGACAAUUUGAAGUUGGUAUGGAAUCAUUUGCUGAGCUUUUGA